AUGCAUUUUUACUACAAUAUCUUCACCCCGACAUUUUUAAAAAAUUGGAGAAAAAAAUGUAUUUUGAAAGCAUAUCUCCAAGCUGAAGCGGAAAGUUGGUACAGUUUUUGGCAAAAUAAAGACUGUCAAGAUAUUGAUUUUAUCGAUUUGUUAAAUUGUAACUGUACGUUUUUUCCAAAUAUAGCUGUUGUUUUGGAAAUAUUUUUGUCUCUUCCGGCUACAAGCUGUACAGCAGAACGUCCUUUUAGUACAUUAAGACGUGUUAAAACAUGGUUACGAUCAACGAUGGGUGAUGAUAGACUGAAUGGAAUAUGCAUGUUGAGUGUUCAUAGAGAAAAAGUGAAUUCAAAUAAAUAA